AUGAUGCAGUUUGUACGGGCUGCCGCAGUACGUGUUCGAUUGAUGUGGGACAGAGGGAAGAAAUGCUUGCAGGAAGAGGAGAAGCGUGCGCUGCAGCAGAUGCAUGGUGGCUACGCGUAUAAAGAUGCUGGCGAUUACCAUCUAUUUCGGGACGAAUACCUGGCUUCUGAACCAAUGGCAAAGCCAAUAAUUCUCACUGAAAGUUCAUGCGCUAUACGAGAUGGCGAAGCUGCUGUCGACACGUACAACAGAUUAGCUAUGCACGGUAAAGUGGGUUUCGAGCAGAUGUCGUUUGAGUUACUUCUCAAAUCGAUAGGAGCGAAGAAAAAAACACCAUCAGAGGUGGCGAGUAAUUAUAUCGUAAGGAACUUGUUUACAGUCAUCGUUGGGCUGUUAAUGGAACGGAUGCCAUCGGUCAUCCUCCUUUGCCUGGCGGCUUUUUGCUCUUUCGCUUUCGGUGUGGACCAGCAAGUAAACGCACCAGUUGUCAACGCACAAGCAGCAAAUGUUCAACCUAAUCCGAAUCAAGCUGAUUCAGCAAAUAAGGAAAGCCUAAUCAGUUUUGACGCUUGCAAAGAGGACGUGCACCGCUUAUGUAAUAAGGAAGGUGUCGAUUUGAAAAGUGACCUCUCAAUUCUCGAAUGUUUGCAAGAUGCAGGCCAAACCAUGUCGGCUACGCUUACGAGGCAAUGCGAGGAUCUUGUGUGGCAAUUCAAGAUAAAACUUACGCAAGAUGACAGAUUCACCAAAGCAGCUGAAGAUUAUUGUAAGGAUGAAAUAGCCAAGAACCCAGCAAUGGCAAAGUGUAAUUCGUUGACUCAGCCCGGAUACGCACUCAGUUGCUUCCUUGAUUUUGUUCAGAAUAUCACCGCGGCGUCACAAUGUCAUGCUUUUUUGUCAAGGACUGAACGCCUUGCGUUUGCUGAUUUCCGCUUGAUAGGUCCUUUCGUGGACAAAUGCGGGCCGACACUUAGUAACCUUGGUUGCGGAAUGCUGACCCCUCAUUCUGCUCACCAUGGAGCUAGAGUUCCUCAUACGCAAGGAAUGGCCCUUGAAUGUCUUAUCGGUAAAGUAGUGAAACAGUCAAAAGAGAAGGCGGAUCCCUUCAGCAUACUGGACCCUGGGUGCAGACAUGAGGUGAUGCGAUUAGUUGAACUGCAGACAGACGAUUUUCAUCUUGAUAGGCCGCUUUUCUUCGCUUGUAGGCAAGCGAGAGAGACUUACUGCAAAGAUGUCGCUGCGGGAGAAGGGAAAGUGUUUGAAUGUUUGUUAACGAAACGAUUCGAUCAGUUUAUGGACCCCCAGUGCGGAGAUCUACUAGCUGAGCGAGCUUACUUGAUGGGGAGAGAUUAUCGCAUGGCUCAUCCACUAUCGAAAAACUGCGAGAAAGAAAUGAAAGAUUACAAAUGUGAACCGCAGAGUCAGUACGAGUCAGCUGCACACUUUCAUCUGACGUGGAUUUUAUUGUGUUUGGAAAACGGCGCCCAUCUCGCAAAGGAUACUAAUCCACCCUCACUGCGGUGCCAACAUGAGAUGGUAACCUAUCGUCAACUAAUGAUGAGUGAAUUCCACAUGGCGCCAGAGCUAGUUAUGCACUGUGCGCAGGAAAUCGACAAAUGGUGUAGUCCUCGAGGAGACAUUGAAGCCGAAGGACGAACGCUACACUGUCUUAUGGAGCAUGCAGCCAGCACAGACAAAAAUCUCCAGCUUGGUCCACAGUGUAUGCAAGCUGUAAAGGAGGUUGUAAAGGUUGCUGACAUAGGUUCAAAUUAUAAAGUGGACAAAGUGCUGUAUGCUUCAUGCCGAACGCUCAUAGAUGGUAUAUGUGCACGUGAUGCAAACUCGGAAGAGGCUACUCUAACAUGCCUUAUGCGACAUGUGGACAGUGCCGAUAUGAAUCCUGUGUGCGAGAAAAGAUUGCUGGAAGUACAGUACUUUAUGGCCAGAGACUGGACCAUGGAUCCUCAGUUGUACGAGGCUUGUCACGACGAAGCUGUGAGAAGAUGUCACGCAAGGGAUAAUUGGCACAUAGCUCAGGAUGCCGGUGGCGGACCUGAUCCUGGACCCACUGUGCUAGCCUGCUUGUACAGAAGUGCUUACGACGAGCAAGAGCCACUCUCCAUGAAAUGUGCUGUGGAAGUGAGACGUGUGUUACAUACACGUGCUGUACGGGUAAAUCUUAUUCCCGAUAUAGAAGAUGCGUGUCGUGACGCGCUUUCAGAGUACUGCUCGCACAACGUGAAGCCUAUGGAGGAAAUGGAUUGCUUGCAACAACACUUUGAGAAACCGGAAUUCAUUCGAAAGCACAAUUUGUGUCACAAGGAGUUAGUGCGUUUCACAGAAAUGGAAGCGAAGGAUACAAAAUUGAACAGGGCACUAACGAAGGCGUGCAAACCUGUAAUCAGCGCGUAUUGUGAGCAGUUCAUAAAUGAGGACAUUGAUCAUGGUGAUGUGAUGGAGUGUUUGGCGACUCACAAAGAAAAGCCGGAAAUGACAUCAAAGUGUCGAUCUUACGUAAAUCAUUUCGAAUUGGUAUCACUGCGCGACUAUCAUUUCUCAUACAAGUUCCAAAAAGCAUGUUCUGCCGACAUUGACAAACACUGUCAUGAUCACGGAAAUGACAAAGGUGAGAUUAUUCGCUGCUUAUCAGAAGUUCGAUUCGAACACAAAGUAUUGGGAACGGAAGCUGAUCUCUCUGAUGCAUGCAAAAAACAGCUAAAAAUCGCCUAUCUGCAACAAGAACAGUUUGACGAUAAGGAACACAUGGCCGAGGUGGAUCCCAAGUUUACCGAGAAGUGCUCUCGAGAAAUUCGUCAGUUCCAUUGCGAUAAAGCUGAGACAUUUGAGGAUCAGGUUGAGUGCCUCAGGAUCAAUUUCGACGGCCUGGGUCCUGAGUGCAAGUCUAUGAUAUUUUAUCGUGAGAAGAUUGAAGCGGUAGACAAUUCCAUGGAUGACGAACUUCAGAAAAAGUGCAGAUAUGACAUUGAAAAGUUUUGUCCUAACCAGAACGGCGAACAUAUUCUCGAAUGUCUCACCAACACUAAAAUUGUGCGUUUGUUGCAACGAGAAUGCAGAUCUGUUGUUCAGGAACGUAUGCGAGAGGCAGCAAGGGACAUUCGAUUACGGCCUGGUCUGUUGCUUGCGUGCAAGGCAGAAGCGGAUACUUACUGCAAGGACGAAAUGGGAAAGAUAAAUCUACCACAGUACGCUCAGAAAAUUUUGGAAGGAGCUGUUGUUGGCUGUCUCCGGAAGAAAUAUCGAGAAUCAGCACACAGUAAAAUAGAAAUCAGUGCACCAUGCAAACAAGAGAUCGCAAAAGCUAUUGUGGAAGCAGAGUUUGAUCCUCAACUAGAUUUAUCGCUGUACCACGCGUGCCAGGAUACAAUCAAAUUGCACUGCUCGUCUACAAUCAUUGAGAAGAGCGGUGGUUUUGAUACAGUUUUGGAAUGCCUCAAAGCGGAUUUCUAUAAAGGAGCCAUUGCAGACAAAGACUGUAGCAAAGAGCUUGCCCGCCGUGUUGAGGAAUCAAUGGUGGACAUUCAUCUUGAUCCCUCACUUCACGAAGCAUGUUCCAUCGACAUACAGCGGCUAUGUGCAGAUGUCGUUCCGGGACAUAGCCGAGUGAUUAUGUGCUUAAUGGAGGCAGCAGAGAGCACUAAUGCACAAAUGACAUCCGACUGUCGAAAUAAGCUCAUGGAUAGGAACAAACUUUGGGUGAAAGCGCAUGCGGAUUAUCAAAUGCAGUAUCCAGAGAGCUGGCACGAAGUUUACAAUCUGGUUGCAAGACACCCGCAAAAGAAUUCUCUGCUUGUAUGGUUAGCAGUAAUCGUCUUCAUCAUACUGGCAAUUGGUUGCUUGUGCGGACGUGCAUCGAAAAAAGCGUAUAGGGAACUGAAAAACCGAUAG